AUGAAUUUGGUCGCGGCUGCGAAGGACUUCGCCUGCCCUGAAGGACGUGUGUUUGAGCCAUGUCGUGGUUCACCUGCUAAUGAAACAAAAAGAAAGGGUAAACUGUGCUCGAAGAAGACAUACGAUGCCAUCAAUCUGAGGAAAUUGAAGUACUUCAGUCAGGUCGAUGCGAAGAAUGGCCUCACGUCCAGAAUUUCAAGAAGUGACGUCAAACCGAAGAAGAGGAAAGCAAAUUUAGCGGCAUUAACGCUGGAGCUCCAAGAAUCGCUGAAAUCCAUUAAAAACAAGGGACAUCAAAUAACGAAUCAUUUGUUCAGAAGCUCCGCGCUUGAAAGUUCGGAAGAUGACCUGAUCAACUCCGCAUUUCUUGAUUCUACAACAUUCGAUCAUUCGUUUGAGAAAAUGUCCAAAGAUUUUCGCCUUCUCAGUGCCCAACGCAACGCAUGGAGAUUUCGGAAUGUAGAUCAAAUUAAGAACGCCUACGAGCACGAACUGCAUCAUUAUUUGGUCCGCAUUGGGAAGAUCAAUACACUCUCCCAGAUUUAUGAUUACCGGGAGACAAAUCUCAAGACUUCUGGUGGAUUCAUCGUCUUCCUUGCGUUCCUUAUCAAUGCCCCAGUGGUGUCCGUGGUAUUGUGGUACGUCGUGAAGCGAACAAAGCAAUGCCUGGAUUUUGCCGUGACCGUUCAUUUGUUCCAUUUUUUGGCGUGUUGGGUUUAUAAUGGAGCUUUAUCCAAUUCUUUGACGUGGUGGCUGCUCCAAAUAAUUUGUGUUGCGAUUACUUGCGUGUGCGGCGAAUUUUUGUGCAUGCGAACGGAGCUGGCCGCCAUACCAGUUAACACCUCUCCUGUUGCAGAUUUAUUUAAUGUGAACAUGGCGCCGCUGUCAUUCGAGAAAGUUGUCAGUGUAUCCAGCGAAAACCCGAAUUAUCCUGCUACAAAUCUCCUGAAAAACGGAUCGAUUCGAAAAUGGAUAUGCGGGCCUAACGCGGAUGGCAGAGCAGAAGUGAUUCUUCAGCUUUCUGAAGCAUCGAAAAUAACUCGAGUGGACAUUGGAAACGCGGGUUCGGCGUUCGUUGAAGUUCAAGUCGGCAACGCUGACACAGCUGAAGACAGUUACGACGUUUUAAUUUCGGCAAGUUCUUUCAUGACUCCAAAGGAUUCCAGAAACAACGAAAAUAUUUCUUUGGUGAAGCUUUAUACGAAAGAAAAGCUGCAGUCAGUGAGUGAGAGGAAGUGGAGUCGAGUGAAAAUAAUUUGCACGCAGCCCUUCGCGAAAAAAUCAGAGUUCGGGAUAAGCUUCAUCUCACUCUCCGGAGAUUCUAGUGUUCCAGAGCAGAAACAACAACAGCAAAAGAAAAAUAUUGACUUGUCUGGUCCGUUGCUCCUUGGUUCUUUCCUGUUGAAACCUGAAGAAGGCAGUGAAUCGAAGCCGAAAGCGGCGUUUAAACCUCUCGUGAGUGAAACCGGAGCUGGUGUUGUUAAAAAUGCUUUGAAGCCCGGCGGAGUUGGAUUAUCCCCGUUGCAUCCCGCUGCAACAUCUUCAAGAAAGCGUUCUCCUGUCUCCUCACCAUCAAUGGUUGCUUCACCGAAAAAGCUUCCAAGACGGGAUGUUCUACCCGGAGAGAGUCCUAAGAUCAAACAAAAAGUCAAAGAGGAAAGAACUGUUCCGAAAGAAGCAAAGACAUCUUCGAAAGAAGCGAAAAAUAGUAAGCCUGAGGUGAAAACUGAAGUGACGCAUCAAGUGGAUUUCCAUGACCUUAUGUUGGACGUUGUGUUUGUGUUGAGUGGUUUUGAGAAUCCCCUUCGGUCUGAAAUCCGAGAGAAAGCGCUCGAAAUGGGUGGACAUUAUUCAAAAGACUGGAAUGACAAUUGCACUCAUCUCAUAUGUGCUUUUCAGAAUACGCCAAAAUACAGGGAAGUGAAAGGCAAAGGUUACAUUCUUAGGAAAGAGUGGAUAGAACAUAGCUUCGCCAAAAAGCUUUUGAUGCCGUGGGAGUUGUAUUCAUUUCCGGAUAAGCCGCGGAAUGCAACACCUACUAUCCGUGCCGUGAAAACACCAUCUCAGACGACGAACAAUCCUGUCCCUCCUACGACACAAAAUCCAACACCAACUGGCCGUGUCGCGAAAACACCAUCUCAGACAACGAAGAAUCCUGUUCCUUCUACGACACGAAGUCGUUCGCCAAUUCAAACUCCCAUUACUCCUUCACGACCUUCAGAUCAGGAAGAGCAAGAACAUCCUUAUGAAUGUGAGACGGAUGAAGACGCUGAUACGCCUGAACGUCAAGAGAAUGACGCAUAUGAUGUUGAAACGGAUACGGAAGACAAAGAGAACGAAUUGAAGAUUCCAGACGCAUUGCCAGUACUUCCGGAAAUAUUUAACGGAAAGAAUAUCAUGCUGUUCGGAAAGUUUGACCUAGAUGAGGAAAAAGCUUAUAAUCGGUACGUCAUCUCUCACGGUGGGUCUGUGGGAAAGGAGGUCAAAUCUGGUGUCCAACUCAUAAUUACGCGGCAAAAGUGGAAUGACAGUUUUGAAAAUAUUCUAGAAGAAAAUCCGGAAGCUGUCUUCAUCCUCCCGGAAUGGGUGACAAAGUGUGUUGAAGAAGGGAAAUUUUUGCCAUACCACAAGUUCAUGGUUUCUCAUGAAUAGUUCAUGCUUUUUUACACAAUUUUUGAGAUAAUUGAGACGGCUUCGAUUACUUGCUACUAUCAAUUAA